AUGGUCGAAACAAUCCAAAUCGAAACAACAACAAUACCAAUAACAACAACAACCAUACUCAUUCUCCUCAUCCUACCUCUUCUUCCUCUUCCUCUGCCUAUUCUUCUGCCUAUUCCUCUCCUUCGUCACCUUCUUCUCCGUUUCCUUCCCGUCGCCCCCACUCGUUGUCACCAGACUGGCAGGGUGAGCCCGCUCACUCUGGCAGCCUGGAAUGUUCGUUCCCUUUUAGACAAUCCGAGGAGCAACCGACGGGAACGGAGGACGGCGCUAGUGGCACGAGAACUGGCGCGCUACAAGGUGGACAUCGCCGCACUCAGCGAGACCCGAUUCUCCGAACAAGGCCAACUGGAGGAGGUGGGUGCCGGCUACACCUUCUUCUGGAGCGGUCGACCCAGGGCAGAGCGACGGGACGCGGGUGUCGCCUUCGCCAUUCGGAACGACAUCGUGGGACGCCUGCCCUGUUUGCCGCAGGGCAUCAACGAUCGCCUGAUGAGCCUCCGCCUGCCUCUCUGGGGAGGCAAAUUCGCCACCAUCAUCAGCGCCUACGCUCCGACGAUGACCAACCCCGACGCCGUCAGAGACAAAUUCUACGAGGACCUGCACGCCCUCUUGGCGACUGUGUCGAAGGCGGACAAGUUGACUGUCCUUGGUGACUUCAACGCCCGCGUUGGCACAGACCAUACUGCCUGGAGGGGAGUGCUGGGUCCCCAUGGUCUCCGCGGCUCAAACGACAAUGGUCUGUUGCUUCUCCGCACCUGCGCAGAACACCGCCUCAUCCUGACGAACACCUUCUUCUGUCUGCCGGAGCGGGAGAAGGCCACCUGGAGGCAUCAUCGGUCGCGCCAGUGGCACCUGCUGGACUAUGUCCUCGUCCGGAGGCGAGAUCAGCGGGACGUGCUGGUGACGAAGGCGAUCGCGGGUGCUGACGGGUGGACCGACCAUCGCCUCGUCAUCUCGAAGAUGCGUAUUCGCCUACAGCCUCGGAGGAGACCACAAGGUAAGCGACCCCCAGGUAAGCGGAAUGUUGCCUUGUUGUCUUUGCCCGCUCACCAUCUUCAUUUCAGCAAUGAACUAGCACAAAGGCUAGACAACCUUCCUAUCGCUGCCGACGCCGCCGCUGCUGAGAACGCCUCCGUGGAGAACCGCUGGUGUCAACUGCGAGACACGGUCCAGUCGACGGCGCUCGCCGUCCUCGGUCGCGCUCCCCGCCAACACCAGGACUGGUUCGACGACAACGACGCCGCCAUCAGAAAUCUGCUAGCUGAGAAGAACCGCCUACACAAAGCCUACGUAGAUCACCCCACUGAUGCCACCAAAGCUGCCUUCUAUCGCAGUCGCCACCAACUUCAGCAAUGA